AUGGCUAACAAAGACCAGCAAUUGUCCCAUGUGAAAGAGUUUUACUGCCAAUAUACCAAUCAGCUACACAAGAAGCAUAAGUCUUGGCACGAUGGAAAACUCAAGUAUUAUCAAUCAACCCAUAAAUUCCAGCUGUACACCAUUGACGAUGGGAUUCUACUAGGUAGUGGGCUUGUCACCAAUGCUCGACGGGUAGAGCGUAUACUAGACGGUUCCAGAUUCAAUAAAGAAGAGCACAAAAUAUUCAGCCAGUUCUUGGUGAUGAUAGACUGCUUACACUGCGAGUAUGACAAAGAUAUUGGCGGUCUCGCAAAUAACGGUCCAAGAGCUUUCAAUAUGAAAGAAUAUCCAGAGGGCGCGCGAGAUAACUCUCGUGACUCUAGGGCCAACACCAACCUGCCUAAACUAAAAGCAUACGACUCAGGUUCACAUCAUGAUAGGUUAGCUCUAAAAGUCAACCAACCUUUCCGACGACCUAAAAUUGAGAAAGAUAGAGCGGUGGGAAUGAAAGCAUUCAAAGAGUUCAAGCCGCUAGUGCUCAAAGAGGCUAGUAGGCUGCAGCCAGAAAGGCCCUCGUUGGCUUUGAAUAUGAAACGGCCUAAUCGGAAGGCGGCUGCUAGCGAUGGAACCAAAAAAGCUCUUCCGAGUUCACACGUCAAUGGGAAUAAUGUAUCGGUUAGGGAUGAGAGACCUAAGAUGACAACACCUGAAAUGCAUUUUGCGGUAACAGAGCCACCAGUGCAUAAGAUUAUAUGUCAGAAAUCGGCACCACUAGAAAUCUCGAGCAACAUCGGUGAAAAGCGACCGCCAGCGGAGGAUGGGGCACCGUUCAAGCGGGCGCCUUUUCGCAUCCAUCAGAAAACUAUAACCAUUCAUCAUGAACCCAUCCAGCUUGGCUAA